UGACAGCUGAUAAUAUCACGUGACGCAAAAUCACAUGAUUUUAUCUGCCUCUUUCAGCCUUUGUUGUGAUCUAGAUCUAGUCAAGUUUACGUCUAGUCAAAACCCCUACUACUACCAGAGAGUAUAUUUUAGUGUCUCUGCUACUACUAGCCUACUUACUGUCUUGCCAUCGUGAUAAGUCUCGACGGUCGAGUGCUUGUUAUCUUCAUCUCUGACCUAAGCUGCUACAACGUAUCACAGUUUGCUGCACGCAUCCCAGUUUUAAUGUUGUUAACCUUGAAAAGUUGCUAUAAAGGUGUAUUUGAAAGUCUCGACCGAAAACGUUGAUCUGAUUUGAUGCGAUCAGUAUCAGGCCAGGAGACUUGCAGUGUCACUGGCAAACACUACGUCCCCCUCAGACCUCGCAGUGAUCCUCCAUAAAGGACUGGUUAUAUUCUCAUCAUGGCAAUGCACUUCACAACUCUGGUUGCUGUGGUGUGUGCUACAGUCUGUGGAGCCUAUUCACAGUCCAUUGUGUUUGAUGACGCUCCUGGAAUGGGGCGCCAGUUUGAUGGAAUAGGAGGUCUAAGUGGCGGAGGUGCUACAUCAAAGCUACUUGUCAACUACCCACAAGAACAACGUGACCAGAUUCUUGAUUAUCUGUUCAAGCCAAAUUUUGGAGCUUCUCUUCACAUUCUUAAAGUAGAAAUUGGAGGAGAUGUCCAGAGUACUGAUGGCACUGAGGCAUCCCAUAUGCACAACAGCUGGGAGGAAAAUUACCAGAGAGGCUAUGAAUGGUGGCUCAUGAAAGAAGCCAAAAAGAGGAAUCCCAACAUUAAACUCUACGGCUUACCUUGGGGUUUUCCGGGCUGGAUUGGACAAGGUACCCGAUCCCCAUAUGUCAAUGUCAGUAUGACAGCCGACUACAUUGUCAGGUGGAUCAAUGGUGCUAAAGUGUACCAUAAUUUAACCAUUGACUACGUCGGGAUCUGGAACGAACGGCCAUAUGAUAUCAGUUACAUAAAGGCACUGCGUGCGACCUUGGAUGCACGAGGAUUCCAAAACACGCUUGUUAUUGCUGCUGAUGAAAAAUGGGAGAUUGCAACUGAUAUUCAGGCAGAUCCUGCACUGGCCAAAAUAGUUCAUGCUAUUGGGUGUCACUACCCAGGCACUCUUUCUGACCCUGACGCUGUAAGCACAGGGAAACAAUUGUGGGCCUCGGAAGAUUAUAGCACUUUCAAUGAUGACGUUGGUGGAGGAUGCUGGGCACGGAUUCUGAAUCAGAAUUACGUCAAUGGCUUGAUGACAGCCACCAUUUCUUGGAACCUGAUAGCCAGCUACUACGACAACUUGCCAUUCUAUGGGGAUGGUUUGAUGACAGCUGUUGAACCAUGGUCAGGCAACUAUGUCGUGGAGACACCCAUCUGGGUUUCAGCACAUACAACCCAGUUUGCUUUUAUUGGCUGGAACUAUCUCAAGCAUGACUCCGGAGUUGGGAAACUGCCAAAGGGAGGCUCUUAUGUGGGUCUUGUCAAUCCAACAUGGACAGAACUUACCAUUGUCAUUGAAACUAUGACCCAUAAUCAUUCACUGUGUGUUCGACCACCACUGCCAGCCUACAACGUUGAACCCCAGGUUGUUACUGUUUCAUUGGCAGGAAAAUUCUCGAGCAUCACCGAAAUGAAUGUUUGGUACAGCAAACUCGGAUUUGAUGGUGCCAAGGACAUUUUGUUUGAGAAAAAAGACCCAAUUAAAUUUGUCAAUGGCAAGGCACAACUGAGCCUGGGCUUGGAUGAGGUCAUCACGCUCACGACUAUGACGACUGGUCAGAAGGGUGUUUAUCCUGAGCCACCUCCUUCUCAGCCCUUCCCCCUCCCUUACACAGAGGACUUUGAAAGUUACAAACCACCACAGGAACCCCCCAAUUUGGCUCAGCAGUUUGGUGUAUAUGAAGUGACUAAAUUGCCCGGGCCGCAUGGUAAUGUCAUUAGACAACUUUCGCUGCAAGCUCCAAUAGUUUGGUGUGGGGGCUCCGGUCCAGCAGAUGCUGGCAACAAAUCACUCAAUAUAGCCGGCAGUAGGAACUGGACUGACAUCUAUGUGGCAGUAGACUUCCAACUGCCUGUUAUAAACGGGUCACUCGGUGCUUUUGUGGCUGCACGGGUGGAUGAGGGAGGUUGUGAGGCCUUUGCAGCUCAUGGAAUUUUCUUGUUUGCCUUUCCGGAUAGGUACAUUGUAACGAACGACUUGGCCCGCACAAAAACCCUCAAGGAGGGUUCUCUUGCCUUCGAGGCAGGAGAGUGGCACAGACUGGGUCUGCUGGUUCAGGAUGGCAACGUUCAGGGAAGCUUUGAUAACAAAAUUCUGUUCAACAUGACUGUCCCAGCUCUGCCCGUGAGUGGUUUUGCCGCUAUCGGUACAGACACAUUUGGACUGGCAGAUUUCGAUAACCUACAGCUGACUGGACCUUCUGAAGGGCGCAAGAUAAUGUCGAAGCAUUUACACUCCAAGUCUUUGUACUUUGAGAAAGAGCAUCACUAAUGGGUUUCAGUAACCACAUCCUGAGAUUUACUUUCUACAGAGUGCACUUCUUUACUAGCAGCUUUAAUUUUCAUUUUAUGGACAUGCAGCUUUAUCAGCUGAGAGGGUUUUUUACUUUAUAUAUUAUAUAUUUUAUUUAUAUAUAUAUAUAGAGAGAGAGAGAGAAAGAGAGAGAGAGAAUUUUUUUGUUUUGUAACAAAACUUUUAUUUUGUCCCUAAGUUCUAAAUCUUGUACUCAACAACAGUGCUGAACUAGAAGUAGGCAGCACAGCUUGUGCAGCUACAUUAUGGACCCCUUUACAACAAAAAUACACUCAAAUGAGAAAUUUUGGCGGGAAAAUGAAUGAUUCAGAGGACUUGGCGAAUGGGAGCCAUGAUAGAAUUUAGUUGUGCAAAUGUUUAACAGGAAAUUUCUUUUAUUGUUCACAAAAUGUCCUUUUGAAAAUACAUUUUUUGGAACUGAUUUGUGCAUUUUGAGAUAAAAAGUAGACGGGAUUACCUCAAAACCAACCAGUGUCUUUCUUUACAGUGGGGUAGGCCCUAUAUACUCUCCCUAUAUACUCUCCCUAUAUAGUCUCAUUUUUAUACCACAGUUGAACACAUCAUGAUACCUCUCUUUCAACCUUUCAACUAUCAAAUCCUGAGAAAGCAUAGUCUUCAUCAGUCAUGUGCCGUUAAUCAUUCUGGGCAAAGGAAAUACUCUUGCUUUAGAUCCUGGGAGGUUUGAAAUUCAGUCUCUCUCUCUUUGAGCACUGUUUUAAAAGCUUUGCAUUAUUGAACUAAAUUGGUUACGCCUCUGAAAAGACAUAAUAUUAAAAGAAAGGGAUUUUUUUUUAAAGCCUUUUGUGAUUCUUUCUCUAAUUACAAAUCAAAGGUCAAAAUAAGGAUUAGUAGAUCUAUGUGAUGGCAUUGGUAUGGAACUUGGUGAUUUUUUUUCUUUCCCAGAGUGCCAUAGUAGAUACUGGUUUUGUAUGAUUCUAUUCCAGACUGUGAUUCACUGAGUAUUAUAAAUUAUAACUAAAACAGAUGGAUGUCGCUCCCUGCACCAAUUCAUUAUCUCUUUCCUGAUCCCCCACCCUAUAUGUGAACAUUUAAGUGGAGAGAGCGUCUCCAAAUUCACUACUAGAGGAAUGUAACGUUUUCAUAGAGCUUCGUGUUACAUGAAGUGGGAACAUCCUUCAGUUUUUUCAAAUACAAUAUGACAUGAUCAUGUGAAACUUUACUCAUUUAAUACUCAUUACUUAAUGACCAUGGAGAUUUAUCAUGACAGUAUACUGUCAAAAUUAUUUUUUAAAUAAAAAUUUACACAACAGCAUUUUGUACCAUCUUUUUUGCACCAGAGUGAGUUUGAAAGAGAAUGAUUGUCAAACUUGUUUAUGUUAGUAAUCAAUUCUUUUUUUGCUGCCAUUUCAUACUUAACAUUGUUGGUAGAAUUGUACACUCAUUCAAUCCCACAUUUAUUCUACAAUUGUGUUAUGCUGAAAGCAAUUCUAAGAAAUGAUUUAAUGAUCAGGGAAAUAUUUUUUACAACUUUUUCUUUGUAGCUGUAGCUCUUUUCAUGUUGAAUACCUUUUUAGUUGUAAGCACACUUUUUUGUGCGGGAGUAUUGUUUUUGCUUCAAAAGUACCAAUAGUUAUUUAACAACUUAUUGCUAUGCCUAUAGAACCAAGUCACAUCACAAGUAUGUGUCAGUUAACGGCUGAUGUACUAACUGAAAGUACAUAGCAGACACACAACAGCUACAUGUACCACAAUAACUAAUCUUAUAUCCGAACAAAGUACUUCAUUACAUUUGUGGAGCAUGAUUCAUGAGAAAGAACUGAAAAUUAACAAUUUUCUAUUUUCCAGCACUUUUAUUAUUAGUUACUUGUUAGUUUACAGGUUCUGUCUUAUUGUGAGGGAGCUUCUGCAAUGGGUCCAGCAUACUUACCAUUUUUUUAAAAUGAAGAUGCAUUGCUCUGCAGUUUUCCUCUACACACUGUUAUUCACACAUCUGAUGAAGAGAUCUCUCUUAUUUUUUAUCUUUUAAAGUAUAAUGCUACCUGUAGCAGAUUAAGAUAAAUGCAGGACCAGUAUCAUUUCAUAAUUUCUGGAUUCCUGUUUUUGGAUUAUACAUCAUAAGAGGUCAAAGUAUGGAGGCCUAAUUGUUUCCCAUACUCUCGACAAUAUUUUUUGCUCUGCAAUCAGACUUUUCAUUUGAGUAGAUAAAUACAUGUGUAUUAUAUUUUCUUGUUAUGGUACAUUACUUGGUAAAAUGAAAUUUCCUUCUUUUGAAGUUCGUUUUUAUUGACAUUAUUUUAAACACUAGACACAGUGUAGGUUUGUUUCAAAGGCAAUUUUUUGGUCAAAACAAUAUUUUGUAUGAAGAGCUCAAACUCUGAAAGAAGCAAGUUUGUUUUGUGUGUUCAUAAAUGUUAAAUAAUGCUUACGGAAGAAUUUUUUUUGUUCAAAUUAUUUCAAAGCACCAACUAUGCUUUUGGGAAAAUCUAAUAAAUGCAUUUUGAAGUUAAAA